CCCGAAAACUGUGUUCAUUCAGUAAUCAUCAUUUAGGUACCUACCUACCUAUGUUGAACAUCAGAAUGUUGUGGUUUUAUAUUUCAAGUUUACUUUUACAUUUCGUUGUAUUAAUUUCAACCGAGUCUUAUCAUCAUUCAUCUGUGGGCGAAUAUUACGUUGAAUGGAGAGAGGUAGGACCAUGCGCACCGGAAAAAAGAGGUACAAAUGAAAUUUCCGCCAAUGUACGUCUUACUAAACGGAAUCGGAAACCUGAGAUGGUUGGUAAUACAACAUUACUGAUAGAUUUCGAUGAAAGUAUCGGUGCGAAAUUAAACUUCUAUAUUCUCGGUUCUAAUCUAGCCUGGCUACCGAACGCUUACAGCAUGACGUUUCCAAUAGGAUGCUCUGGUAUAUUAAGUUUACUGGGAGAAGGUUGGAUUGAAUUCAUGAAGAAUAUGAAUAUGCCCCCUAGAUGUCCUAUGAGGAAGGGUGUUUAUGAAGUGAGAAAUUUCGAUGUAAAUAAAUUAUUGCAGAAUUCAGCAUUUCCGAAAACGUUUAUUUAUGGUCGUUACAAAAUAACAGUUGAGACGAUCAGAAAAAAUGUGGUCGUAGGAUGUUCAUAUUUUAGUGCCGAUGUACUUCCACUUUGGCAAAAGGACAGAAUGAAGAAAAAACAGUCAAAGAAUGAUUGAGUCAAGUCAGAUGUUUCGAAAAAAUAAACCUUUCGGUUCUAAUAAUGAUUAAAUUUUAAUAAUUUACUCGAGUUUAUUAUUUUUUGAUAUUAAUUUUCAAUUUUUACCUCAAAAAAGUAUACCUACCUAUGAAUGUAAACGUGACGACUUUGAACUA